CCCGAGUUGGCAGCCCUGCUGGAUCAGCUGUUUCGGACUGUUGUCGCGUGCAAUUGGAAUUUUUAAACGAUUUUGUUUUAGUAAAUUUAAAAAAUAUUUAAAAAUGCACUGCACUCGAGCAGUUGCAAGACUGGCCGGCGGCAUAGCGAGAAGCACAUGGGCAACACAACAUCCCUACAAACACAGUCCAGCGAUACUGGGGAUACUGGAGCAGCCCUGCCGCUUGUGCUCAUCCACCGGCGUGGUGGACAAUACCAAUAAAACAAAACCAGGCGCAGCAGCAGCCACAGAAGGUGGAAUCCUGAAGAGAGUGCUCAACAAAGUGGGCUUCACACCGAACACAAAGGCGCGCCUCAAGGUAACGAGUCAUCUGCUGUACGAAAGCGUUGCCGACAAGAUCAACUAUGUGGCCUUCUUCCGCGACUUCAAUCUGCCCAACACCUUUAACUCCUGGUUUCUGGUCACCGAACUGCAUGUUUGGCUACUCCUAAUGCGCUCCAUGGCCGAGGGCUCUGAAACGGGCGAGGAUGGACGCUUCCUGCGCAACUGCAUUGUGGAGGCCAUGUGGGGAGAUGUCAACACACGCGCCAAGAAAUUGGGAGCUCACAAUCCCUCCCGCACCCGUCAGCAGAUCGAGACGUUAUCCGAGCAGUUCCAAGCGGCCCUUAUCGCCUACGACGAGGGCAUUAUGUCCGACGACCGGGUUUUGGCCUGCGCCUUGUGGCGCCGCUUCUUUGAGAUGAACUGCGAUGAUUACGCGCAGAUCGAGCGACUGGUGAAGUACGUCCGUCAGCAGACCAGCAUGCUGGACAGUUUGCCGCGCGAUCAGUUCAUUGUUAAGCCGAAAGUGGCAUGGUUGGAUUUGGACAAGUGCAAGGUUUAAUCUUAGUUAUAUUCUGUUUUUUAAAUAAAGUUGUGAGUAUGUAAACGGAAA